CAGUUGAAACUGAAACGUCGUCGUUAACGGAGCGCGUUUGGCACUCGGAAGCCGCUACAAAAUUAGAAAAAUAGAAAAAUAGAACCAUCAUAAACAACUUUACUGUGUCUUUUGGGGAGAACGAACGACAUUGGCAUUCAAUUGGGCAAUUUAUAGAGAGAGGGCAGCUAAUUGUGCAUUCUUCUGCUUCUGCAUGUCAAUCGGGUCAAGUGCUCUCAAUUGAAUGCGUCAGCAUCAAAAUGUGGCGCUCUCUAUUCGGGUUACUUCUUCUCUGCCCCCUGGCCGCCAUCAUUCGUGCUGAGAACAUUUGCCGUUCGAUCGAAGUGCGCAAACUCUCGGACUUUGAUCAACUGCGCAACUGCAGCCUUGUUGUGGGUCAUGUGAGCAUCGCAAAUCUCCAGCUGCCGGGCAAUGUCAAUCUCACUCAGCUGCAAACGAAUGUCACCGAAAUCACCGACUAUCUGCUGAUCUAUCAUACAACGGGUCUGCUCACUGCCGAGUACAUAUUCCCUAAGCUACGUCUCAUUCGUGGUCGGGAGCUACUCUUCAAUCAGUAUUCAUUCGUUGUCUACGAGAAUCGCAAUCUGAGGGAGCUUGGACUGCUGCAAUUGUUGCGCAUACAGAAUGGCAAGAUUCGCAUCGAGAAUAAUCCUACGCUCUGCUAUGUGGAUACCAUCGACUGGGUUUAUUUGUUGGGUAAUAGCACCACGCAGCAUUUCUCCAUAAGGGGCAACAGAUCGCCAAAUCAUUGUCCUCUGUGUAAUGGUCUAGAUGCAGACUAUGAUUAUCUCCACAAGAAUAUGGCCUACUGCUGGAGAAUCCUCGCGCCUCAGCUGAAGUUGACUCGGCCCAAGGUCGAGGGUUGCCCGGCGAGUUGUGGUCGCUUUGGCUGCGAUGUGAAUGGCACUUGUUGUGAUCACAAUUGCCUCACCGGUUGCUCCAGUCAGAAUUGUACGCUGUGUGGCAAUUAUCAGCGCAAUGGACGUUGUGUGAAUCAAUGCAUUGCCAGCUAUGAGCUGAACAAGCGCCUGUGCAUUGGAAGCAAAGAAUGUCAACAGCUGAAUCUCAUUCCAUUGGCUCAAGGCUUGCGUUGUGUCGAUCAGUGUCCUAAGAAUCACAAGCCCAUUAUAGAUGCCAAUGGGGGAAAGCAAUGCGACCUGGAGUGCAGGGGACUUUAUCACGUGAAGCGUAUCGAGGACUUGAAGCCUCUGAGGGAUUGUGUGAGCAUCCAAGGUUCGCUGAUUAUCGAACUGGUGGAUAUUAAAGAGCCAAUUGUGAAAGCAUUAGAGCAGGCUUUGGGCAACAUCAAGGAGAUUACAGGGUAUUUAAAAGUGAUACACUCCACACCGUUGAUGUCGCUGACGUUUCUCAGCAAUCUUGACACCAUACGCGGCGAUGAGCUCAUUGAGACGAAAUAUGCUUUGUAUGUGGUUAAUAAUUAUCACUUGGAGCACAUUUGGCCCACAAAUCGCCAGGUGGCCAUACAGCAUGGUACAAUUUUCUUCCAUUUGAAUCCUCGUUUGUGCUAUGAGAAAAUCUUGAAUCUGCAGCCUGCGCUGAAAAGCCUAAAGACAGAAAUAUCCGUAGCCGAUGUGUCGCCGAAUUCGAAUGGAGAGCGCAUGAUUUGUGGCGAAGAUGUGUCCACAUUGGAUCCACAAAUUCAGGAUAUUAACGCGACGGCUGUCAGCAUUGUGCUCGAUUUUGUGAAGUAUGAAUAUGUUGGUAAUCUAAUUGGAUAUACGUAUCAUUACAUGGAAGCACCCAAGCGCAAUAUAACCAUGUACGAUGGUCGCCAUGGUUGUGGGCAUGACAAUUGGCUAAUGGAUGUGUCAAUCGGCAAGAAUCGUCGGCAUAUGAUCAGCAAUCUGAAGCCCUACACACAGUAUGCAUACUUUGUAAAGUCUAUGUCACCUUGGGAUUAUCACCGGCAAAUGGAAGCCUAUUCGAAGAUACAAUAUUUCCGCACGCUGCCAAGCAAACCGAGUCCUCCGCGACGUCUCUAUGGCAUCUCGGAGAUCCACACACAAAUCAUGGUGCAUUGGUGGCCGCCGCAACGUCCCAAUGGCAACAUCACCAAAUACAUUAUUGAUUAUGAGCUGCAUAAUCUAACAAGCGAGGAGAACAAGACCAAAAGUUAUGGCAUGGAAAAGCCUCUCUUUAUCAACGAUCCUCCCAAUUGUGAGUGCAAUGAUCAGGAGCCAUAUUAUUCGGGUCCACAGCCGGAGGUGGAAAAGUAUUUCAAUAAGACGCAGACAACCUACGAAGAAGCGCUGCCCAAUCUCAUCUAUGUGUCACGUCGUCGACCGCCAGUCAAGCAAGACAAGUUUGAAAAGGUUGUGGACUUCACGGAUUUAAUAUCAGGUCGUCCCAUGAGUCAAGUUGUUGAGAAUCCAACAACGACAACAACAACUACUACUACUACAACCGAAGCCCCAUCAUCUGCAAAUGUGACCAAACCAAGGGAAGUAACUGCGGAACUGUAUGAAAUAUUCCGUUUACAAGUGGAGGAGAGGACACGCAAUAUUCAGGAUAUGGAUCAAGAGAAGUUUCGCAUAUUGCACGAUCCGCCCAAGUGCCACAGCUCCGAUGUUUCCGUGGCCAAUCAACUCGAACAGAAGUGCGUUGUGGAGGAGGAAAUUAAGGGAUUUGUAGUGCCGGGCAAUCAGCAAUAUUACAAUAUGACAAACUUGCUGCAAAAUCAAUACUAUCGAAUCUAUGUACGAGCCUGUGUCGAUGGCGUUGUCAACGGUUGCUCGAAUCCCGCGAUAUUGACGGUUAGGACCAUCAGCGCUGAGGUAGAACCAAUAGUGGCAGAAAACAAACGUCUCCAACAAAUGAACAAAUUAUUCUGACGAACUAUCCUCAAAGGAAAGGGAUAAUAUUUAAAUUAUCUUCCCAUUAACCAUAUUGUUACUCAAAUUAAUCGUUUUCCUUUUAUUGUUUUUAUUUUUUUCUAUAGACUUUUAGAGAGAUCUAUUGAAAUACUCAGGGUCUUAGUGAUUUAAAGAGAGAGAGAGAGACGAAAUGAAAACUAUUGCAAAAAAUGUGGAUUUUAUAAAGUGAUAUAUGUGUUACGUGUAUGUAAAUGUAUGUUAACUGAGUAUUAUAAUGUGUAAAAUGUAUUUUGCGAAAGUUUUAUUCGAAGAGAGAGAGAGAGAGAGAGAAAGAGUAUAAAU